UCAAAACAACGAUUGUCAUUCUUCAUAAUAUCUUUUUUCACUUCUGGGGAAAUUGCACCUUUGCAUGGUGAAAGAAAAUAAACUACCCCUAGAAAGUGAAAUUUUAAUACACGCUUCAUAUAAAACCGUACUGAAUCGGCUUCUGGAAUAUCAAAGAGCAAUACAUCAUUCUGGAUUAUGUGCUUUUAGAUGAUUUUCCGACGUGCAGUGAAAAGUGACCGUGAUAUCAAUACAAAACUCCGUAUCACAAUCGAUUAGAGAAGGGAGUGAUCCUGAUAAGCCGACUGUGGCACCAGAUAAGCCGACCAUGACCACUCUCUUUGCCCGUAUUUUUCGUCAAGCCAAAGUUACAUUCGAACAGACAAAUGCAGAUCGUUUCCUCAGCCAUCUGCAGAACCUACGCGCGUUGAUGGACCAGCUCACGUUGGCCGAUUUGAAUGUUGAUCCGGCGAUAGUGUCCCAUGAAACGUUCCAGCAAGCAACCAAAGCGCCUUGCACAUUCAUCGAUAUUUUUGAGAACAGCUGCUUCACGAUGUCGGUGUUUGUUCUGCGGGAGAACUACACAAUGCCGCUACACGACCAUCCUCGUAUGCACGGUUUAUUGCGGGUUGUGGCCGGCUCGGUUAAAAUUCAAAGCUUCACGGAAAUCGACCGUCGAGAGGAAAUCCGCAAUGGGGACGAACUGCGUCAUGUGCUGGUCAGUGUGGAACAUGAGAGGAUCAUAAGUACCGGAAAAGGUGAGAGUGCCAUGCUAACACCAGCGGAGCGGAACUAUCACGAGAUUACAGCAAUCGGUGGUCCUGCGGCGUUUUUCGACAUUUUGAGCCCACCGUACAACGCAGAUAUUCCCGUGUACGGCAAGCGAACCUGCUCCUUUUAUCGGAAACUUCUACUGCCCGGCGAUGGAGCCAAUAACGAUGGCCGCAAGCGAAUGGUGCUGGAAAAAAUACCCACGCCGGACCAUUACUACUGUGAUACGGAGCAAUAUGAUACCCCGGAAUUUAUGUUAGGGUCCGCCACCAAUGAGUAAGGAAGAAAUAGAAGCGAAUUCGAUGCACGUUUGCUCUGAUGUCCUGGUAAAAAUUCUUGAAGGCUGAAGAAAUACCUACAUGCAGGAAAUAGGCGGCACAAUGAAAUUAAAUGUCCAACAGCAUCCUUUCAAUAAAUACAACAAAUUAUGUACAAGUUAUUGGCCAGGUUGUCUAGUGAAACCAUUGCCAUGUAAAUGUAGCUUGUAGUGAUAUUUGAUACGAUGAACACGUUUUAUGUUCUGCUAAUAAGUUUAUAAGAUUAGAUGAUCGUUUGCCUACCGUCGUAGUAUUUCUUCUCCUCUUAUUAUUGGUUUUAAAAUGAAAACUCGCCGACAAAGAUUGUUAUUUGUAAAAUAUGUAUUGAGUUAAAAAUAAAGUAGAGUUACUUAUGAUUUAAGUAUGAAAGUUAA